CACUGUGCGAAGAGCGAGCGCGUGUGUGUCUCCGUUUUUGUGCUUCACGAGCCUCUUGGUUAAUGUAUUCAUGAGGACAUAAAGGUGCCAAAAACUACACGGACUCUCUGUGGACCUGCCGGAAAACGGGAGCCAUGGAUUAUAUAAAAAACUACAAUACUUAUCUCUCCAUCGUCAUUUUGAUAAUUAGCAGUACCUGCCAUGCUCUUUUGGACAGAUUUCUGGAGGAGAACCUCUCAGAUCAGCUGUUUCCUCAUGAUCUGGACAGCCAAAUUACCUCCUGUGAUUUUGAGUCACUGUGCCACUGGACUUUAUCAAAUCACAGCGACCAAAGGGACUGGUCAGUGGUGUUGCCACAGCAACCAGAAAGCGCUCAGGCAGGGAUGAUGCCCAUGGCUGAUCACUCAGUGGGAAGCUCUGAUGGGCACUUCCUUCUCCUAAGCUUCUUCCCUGCCGCUGAGGCUUCUGGGAGAUGCGAGUACCACUUAACCAGCCCGGUCUUACCCGGAAAUGAGAGGCACUGCAUCUUGCAGGUGGCUCUGUUUGAGUCCGAUCCAGCGGUGGGGAACCUCACGCUCCUGAUCAAGCCAGUCCACUCAAGUUCAGUUGUUCACUCUGAGGUUCUCAACCACAGGAGACGUGAUGACCGCAGGGCUGAGUGGGAGGUUCUGGAGACUGUGAUUGGUCAGGUGGACGAGCCCUUUCAGGUGAUCCUGCUCUACACUUCCUGUUUGGGAGAAGAUGGAGCCACGGUGGCUCUGGACUCUCUGGAGCUCAUAGACUGUGCAUCAGAACACCAGGUCAUCGGGCUGGAUGCGGCUUGUGGGGAAUCUUUCCACUGUGAAAACUCAGGAGACUGCAUUGACCAGAACCAAGUGUGCAACUUCCACACCGACUGUCCUUUAGGAGAGGACGAGGGCUUCAUCUGUGGUGCUCUUCCGUUUGGCUCUCACUGUUCAUUUGAACAGGAUGCAUGUGGGUGGUCCGUGUCCAACCAGCACUUGGCCUGGAGAAGAGUCGCUGGAGACAAACUUCUGGAGAAAGAAGACAUGCAGGGUGUCACUCUGCAGAGUACACCAGGGCACUUUCUGUUCCUGCAGGUCAGAGAGAGUAAUUCCCUUCGAGAGGCGUCCAUUCAGAGCUCCUCUUUCCCUCCCCCCGUCUCUACUACUGUCUGCCAGAUGCGUUUCUCUCUGUACCUGUAUGGGGACUUUAAUGGUUCAUUGCUGGUGGCUAUAGAGGAGAAUGGGUCCGCCACCACACCACUGGUCUGGGAGAGAAAUGAUCAGUGGGCAGAUGACUGGGAAGAUGUUGCCCUGCAGCUGACUGGCCUUAAUCAUGGGUUCCACGUGAAGGUGACAGCUGUGUGGGGAAAAGGCUCCAAUGCUGAUGUCGCUCUCGAUGACAUUGCAAUUGGAGCUGCCUGCUUCAACACAGAUCUGAACUCUCUCCUGCCAAUGGCGGACUUAGAGGAUUUCUUAAGCCCCCUUCCAGAGCCUUCAUUCUCAGAGGUUUCUUUGAUGACAUGGUGGUUUAACUCAUGCGGUGCCAGUGGCCCCCACGGCCCGACCCAAGCCCAGUGUGACAGUACCUACAGGAACAAAAAUGUCAGUGUCACUGUAGGGAGGGAAGACCCCUUGAAAGGAGUCCAAAUGUGGAGGGUACCUGCUACAAACCGAUAUCUGAUUUCUGCUUAUGGGGCUGCAGGAGGGAAAGGAGCCAAAAACCACAACAAACGCAACCACGGUGUCUUCAUAUCUGCCAUAUUUCCUCUGGAGAAAGGAGAUGUACUUUACAUCUUGGUAGGCCACCAGGGAGAGGAUGCUUGCCCGGGGAGAAAUCCCCACACCCAGAGGAUCUGCCUGGGAGAGUCGUCGGUGAUUGAAGACAACCUCAGAGGAGAGUCUGGUGCGGAGUGGGCUGGGGGAGGAGGCGGAGGAGGGGGAGCCACCUACGUCUUUAAGAUGGAGGACGGUGAGCUGGUUCCCUUGUUGAUUGCGGCUGGCGGAGGAGGAAAUGCCUACCUGGAGGACCCAGAGUCCAGUCUGGACCAGAUACCACUGGAGCAGUAUGAAAACAGCACCAUAGCUGCCAGUACCAACGGUCAAACUGGUGCUGCAGGUGGAGGUGGAGGCUGGAACGAAAGUCCCAGUCCUUACGUGAGGGCGGGAAAGUCUCUGUUGGAGGGUGGUGAAGGGGGGUCCUCAUGUCCCCUGGCCCUGUCCAAGCUCAGCUGGUCCACCUUUGGGGGAUUUGGAGGUGGAGGUGGGGCCUGCACAGCUGGAGGCGGCGGAGGAGGUUACAGAGGAGGUGACGCUGCACUGACCGAUGAGAUCACAGCCGACGGUCAGAGUGGAAUCUCAUUCAUUCAUCCGAUGGGAGAGAUUUUCCUUCAGCCUUUGGCAGCCAUGGAAAGUCACGGCGAGUGUGAGAUCAAGGUGCAGCUGAACUGCAGCCACUGUCAAACGCAGAGCUGCAAACUAGAUGAAGAUACUUCACUCAUCCUCUGUCUCUGCGAUGACGAUGAAGUCCUGGCCAGCAACAACGUCACAUGUGUCGGCACCAUAGCUCUUCAAGGCCCGGCUCUGCACGGCCAGAUGUCAGUAUCUUUGAUCCUGGCAGUCGUGGUCUCCACCAUCGCGAGCGGUAUCGCACUGAUCUGCACCGGCGUCAUCCUCAUGUGGUACCGCAGGAAAAACGACUUGUACGCAGUGAGGGGGCGUCUGCAGAGUCCAGAGUACAAGCUGAGCAAGAUCCGCUCCUCCACCAUCAUGACCGACUACAACCCCAACUAUUGUUUUGCAGGGAAGGCCGCCUCACUCAACGAACUGAAGGAAGUACCGCGCAAAAACAUAACACUUCUCAGGGCUCUUGGCCAUGGUGCAUUUGGUGAAGUCUAUGAAGGACAAGUUCUGGGGAUUAGCAGUGAUAACGGCCCCAUGCAGGUGGCCAUAAAGACUCUUCCAGAAAUCUGCUCCGAACAGGAUGAAAUGGAUUUCCUGAUGGAGGCCCUGAUUAUGAGCAAAUUCAGCCACGACAACAUUGUGCGCUGCAUCGGCGUCAGUUUGAACAUCCUGCCACGUUUCAUCCUGCUAGAGCUGAUGACAGGAGGAGACAUGAAGAGCUUCCUGAGACAGAACAGGCCACGAGCUGGCCAGACCUCUUCUCUCACCAUGCGGGAGCUGUUGCAGAUGGCCCGAGACAUCGCCUUCGGCUGUCACUACCUGGAGGAGAACCACUUCAUACACAGAGACAUUGCUGCUAGAAAUUGCCUGCUUUCCUGCCCUGGACCAGACCGAGUGGCCAAAAUUGGAGACUUUGGCAUGGCACGAGAUAUAUACAGAGCAAGUUAUUACAGGAAAGGUGGUCGUGCUAUGCUGCCAGUCAAAUGGAUGCCACCGGAGGCCUUCAUGGAGGGAAUCUUCACCUGCAAGACUGAUACAUGGUCAUUUGGGGUGCUGCUGUGGGAGAUCAUCUCUCUGGGUUACAUGCCGUAUCCCUGUAAAACCAACCAAGAGGUGCUGGAGUUUGUCACCAGUGGAGGCCGGAUGGAUCCUCCCAAGAGCUGUCCGGGGCCUGUCUAUCGGAUCAUGACCCAGUGCUGGCAGCACUGUCCCGAGCACCGGCCUAACUUCUCUACUAUCCUGGAGAGAAUUAACUACUGCUCUCAGGACCCAGAUGUGAUCAACACACCCCUACCAUUUGAAUACACCCCCACCGCAGAGGACGAUGGUGGCACCAUAAACCGUGCCUCUGACCACACCUCCACCAGCCUCACUCCACUCCUGGUGUCCCAUGCUGUUUCCCAGGCUUCCUCCCCCCAGCUGGAUCACUCCUCUAUGGGCCUGGGUCCAACCCCUCUUUGCCCACAGCCUACCAAACCCUCUCUACUCCUCCAGAGGACCCAACCUGUCCACCAUGAAGUGACAUCAUGCCGUGAGGCUCUGGAGCCGUCCUGGGCUGAGCCUGUUCCUGCUCCUGGUUUUUCAGCAGGAGGCCACUGGCUCCAUCCUGAGACUCCUCAUCACCAACCUUGCUCCAGAAACGGCUCCUCCUCAGGGAGCCAGAGGCUGAAGAACAAGACAAAGAACCUGUGGAACCCCACGUACGGUUCCUGGGUUUUGGAAAAUUUCCGGGGGAAAAAAACACUUGCCCACACUCAGUCCGUGCCACUCUCAAGCUCUGCUUCCUCCACCUCCAACACACAGGCUCCUCAGACCUGCAACCCAGCCUUGGAGAACAACGAGGCUGGGUGCGACAGCACCAACAGCGUCCACCUUAGCCCUUCCCCAACUCCAUCUUCGUCCUCCCAGGCUCAAGCUGCCUCAAGCACGUCCUCCCAUAAGACCCCAACAGGUGGCACCAUAAAAGCUGGUGUGGAGCUGGCUAAGCUCCAGAGUUUUCCCUGUGGCAACGUCAACUAUGCCUACGAUGAGCAAAGCUACGAGGCAGAGAGCCUGUCCCCGGUUUUGCCCAAAGCCGCAGAAGCCACCACAAACACCAGCUCUGCCCCCAGUGUCUCCUCAGGGACAAGCUUGGGUCUGGCAUUAGGCCUCCAUACCAACUCAUCUUGUAUGCCGAAGCUGCUGCUGAAGCGCCACGCCAGCUACGGACACGAGGACGUGAGGAGACACACCAAAGCUGAGAAACCCACACGUGACCGAGACUCAGGCUUUUCACUGUCUGAAGACCUCAGCGUUACCCCUAUCUAAGAAACGGCGUACUGUAACAGGGAUUUUGAUUGAUAUAAAAUUGAAAUGUCACCUGGAACCCCUUUCCUCACAACCUUAGACUGGAGUUCUGUAUUUCCAGAAGAAAAAGCAUGAGGGCUCCGUCACGGUCUGAGAGCCACAAAAUCAAAUUGUUAGCGUUUAAUGCUGGAAAAGACAAACACUCCUCCACGCUGUAAUGUAGAGAGCCACCGCUCUUUUUUUGUACCUCUGGUACACUGGUAGCUGAAACACUGAAGCUGAAACGCAGCCCUGCGCUUUUUCAAUGACUACAUACUACUGUAGUGCUGUAGUUGGACUCCUUUUCUACCUAUUUGUUUUUAUCAUGAAAGCUUUGGCAGUAGUAUAUGUUUUAUUAUAGUAAACAAUGUUAGAAUUUGUAGUAAUAAGUGUACAGUGUACCAUAACAAGCCAAAUAUAUUGAGCCAUUGGGAAGAGAAUCUCCAAGCAUGUGUUUUUGUUUUAGAGUUAUUCAUUUCAAAAGUUUGAUAAUCAGAAAACAAUUUUAUUUAUAAGUGUAUGCAUACUUUAGGGACUUACGGUACACGGUACACUUCUGUGAUUCUGAUUUGUUUUCACCCUAAAUAAUGUGAAAACACAUCCGCCUAAUAUACUGCGAUAACUUUGAUGUUUUCUCUUAACACAUGGUCUACUUACUUGGUGUUUCCAACGCUUCCCCAGCAGAUGGAGUUUGCUCAGUUGUCAUGGAGAUGGAUCAGAGAAGUAUGGAAUUUAGGUCAUGUGAUAAACAAGCGGCGGUACACACGAGAUCAUAAACCUAAAACUCCUGGCCAGUGACUUUGACCUCUUCCCAGUUGAUGCUGCUGGUUUGGUCAGAUGUUCAAAGACAGCCAGGGACAGAGUCACUACUGGUUUCCUGGAAACCUCACACUGAAGACAAGACUCCAGAAAGUCGCUGCUCCUGGCCGAGAAAUACUUUUCUGUGGUGAGCUAAGCUAAACGGCUGCUGGCUGUAGCUUCCAAUUUACUGUACAGACAUUACUGUUAUCGAUUUCCUCAUCUAACUCUCUGCAAGAAACUAUUCCCUUAAGGAGUUAAAUAGUUUUUAGUGUGCACUGACUCCUCGUUACUAAAAACACUUUCUGUAUGUUCUGUAAGUAAGUGGCGCUUGUGCUGAGACUUUUUUUUUUUUUUUUUUUUUUUUUAAGCCAGAUGACAUAAAUCUUGAUUUGGCUUUGCAUAUUUUUGACAAUUCUCUUUCCCUUUGUCUCGAUAUUUACUUGGAUUUCAGGAGGUCUCAUACGUGUGUAGAAUUUGAUUACCAUGCAGCUGUGAAAAUAUUUGCUAUUUUUGUACUCUCCUCUCUGUACACUGGACUAACCCAUUGCAUUUGUAGCCAUUUUAUCUUUUAUUUGUAUUUUGUUAUGCUAGUGAUGGAUCUGUAUUUGUAGUUGAUCACUGCCAUUCAAUACCUCUGCACUGCAUCUACUGUACUGAUGUAGUGCUGGUAGUACCUAUGUUUACUCAGCAGGGUGAGGUAUUCAGCCUUGAUAUACCAAACAUGCUGCUGCAGGUAUCUCAGUUCAUACAAUUAAUCAAUGAUUCAAUUGUUAAAAUCUCUAUUCAGUAUUUAUGUUUUUAGAUUAUUCAUAUUUAAUCAAUUUGGUAGGUUUAUCCAACGUGUCUUUAUUUUGAGCCUAAACGUGUCGAUAGUUUAUUUUUUAGUAUGUUGAAUGAAUGGUUACAUUUAUAUAAGGGUUCUGUAUAUGUUUUUUAUGCUCAGGCCGGUUGAUAUUAGUGAAUUCUAUCUUGGUUGCUUAACAGUCUACUUGAAAAGAAUUUCUUUUAGAAAAGGCAAUUUCAAUUGUUUUCUAAAGACUCCUUUUAAGCGAGAGAUUUGUGCCAUUUAGAAAAAUUGUGUUUUCAUGGCCUGGUGCAUUUUAUUUUACACUCAUUGAAAAGUUCUUGUUUUUGUAUUCGUUAUGUAGCUGAGGGUGUUAUGCCUCAACCCCAAAAAUGCAAAGGCAUUCUAUGCAAUAUACUGUCAUUCACACUUUCCUCUAACCUAACUGUGCCCCUAAUAAAUCAACAUAUAUUGA